GGGACUUAGCAACGUGGGUGGUGGCACCUAGCAAACAUUCCCAGACCUUCAACGAGUUAAAGAACUGAGUUCUCCAUAACAACGGAUUACUCCCACACAUGCAAAUACAUACACACUACAUACAUAUGCAUGCAUUCCAUUGUAGACAGGGUGUAGUGACAGGUCACAAACUGAGCCUCUGACUAAAAAUGGCAUCCAGAGUAUGUGAUAGUGUUCUGGUGACUGGAUCCAACCGAGGAAUUGGACUUGAGUUCGUUCGUCAGUUAGCUGAUUCACCCUCUCCUCCGGAUCAGAUCUUUGCUGGUUGUAGAGACCCAAAUGGAUCAAGCGCACAGGAACUUCAGGAACUAGCUAAGAAGCACCAGGAUGUGAUCACAGUUGUUCAACUUGAAACUGAUAGCCCAGCUAGUAUUACAGAGGUCUCAAAGUUGAUGGAAGCAAAGCUGAACGACAAAGGCCUGAAUCUGAUCAUCAACAAUGCUGGUGUAAGCAUCCCAGGAUCCUUAGCGGAGACAGGAAAAAAGGAGAUGAUGGAAGCGUAUUCGACUAAUGUUGUAGGACCCUUGCUCAUCACAAAGGAAUUCCAUCCCCUCCUGUGCAAGGCUGCAGCUCAGUUUCCUCAUCAAACAGACAUGUCUUGCAGAAGAUCAGCUGUUAUCAAUGUCUCCUCCCUGCUGUCUUCCAUCACCAUAUGCCCUGGGAAUUUCUCCAGGGCUCCAUUGUACCCCUAUCGAAUUAGCAAGGCUGCACUGAACAUGUUAACAUGCUGCUUGGCAGAGGAUUUCAGAAAAGAUGGCAUACUAGUUAUGGCUCUCCAUCCAGGAUGGGUCCAAACGGAGAUGGGAGGCUCACAGGCUCCCCUGACAACUACUGAGAGUAUCACAGGUAUGCUGAAAGUAAUCGCUAUUCUGACCGAGAAAGACAGUGGAAGACUUUUAGAUUGGGAAGGCAAAAGCAUCCCAUGGUGAUUAUUCAAUUCAUCAGACGUCUAACAUGUACUUCCACAUUGUUAUCUGUCUAUGUUAUGCCUGAAUUAUGUCUGAAAAUUUUUCUGAUGCAAAUAAAACCACUCCCCCAGCAAAUGAAGUGAAAUUUGAUACAGAU